AGAUCCCAUGGCAAAAUUACCAAACUAAAUAUGUUUUGUAUGCAUUUAUAUGCACUUUGAAUUAUGGCAGAUAUAUAGCUGCAGAUAUUUAGCUGCCUAGGACACAGAUAUAGGAUGGUGCUGAGGAGGAACCUGUUAUGCCAACCCCUAGACUGGACAUUGCACUAGGCUUUCAUGUGAAUGCUAUUAUUGCACAUGUAAUUCACUACCAUGUAUGUAUGUGCAGUAAUGAAUGUGUUAAGGAUGGAUGGGUUGGCUAGGGUGUCUAGGUGGCCUGGCCUACCACUGUUUUGAAUGUUUCAUUGUUGUAAUAAAAGUUUUUCUUUUCUUUUUAGAUUAUGGAAAUUAUAUUUCCCUCACUGUUUUUCUUCCAUUUAAGAAAGAAAAGAAUGGAAAAAGUCGAUAAGCCUUUUAAUAAUGGAAAGCAAGUUAAAAGGCGCAAAUGCCAGAAGAUAAAAAUGUUUCGUGACCGAGUGACGCUGGUGGACCUAACGGACACUGAGAUUAAGGAUCGAUACAGGCUAAACACUGUGGAGAUUCUAUCGCUGUAUGAUGUGCUGAAAGUGAAUUUGUGCAAGCCAACUAAAAGAUCUCACGCCAUCCCUGGCCUUGUACGUUUGCUGUUGGCAUUAAAUUUUUUUGCAAAAGGUGACUUUCAAAGUUGCAUAGCAGUGAUUGGUGGUGUGUCUCAAAGCUCUUGCAGCCGCUCAUUGGAUGAAGUUUUGAAAGCAAUUAUGUUAGUUUAUAAAUCGUAUGUCUACUUUCCUUCUGACAGCAGUUAUUUGAAUACAGUUAAAGGAAAAUUUUAUGAGAUUGGCGGAUUUCCUAACAUUGUGGGAAUUAUAGAUUGUACACACAUUACACUAUGCCCACCUGCUGACCUGGAGCACAUUUACAGAAAUCGGAAGAGCUCCCACAGCAUUAAUGUCCAGCUUGUGUGUUCCUUUAAUCUAAAAUUUGUGGAUAUAGUUGCUAAAUUCCCAGGCUCUUCUCACGAUUCGUAUAUCUUGUCAAAUUCAUCUUUGUCUGAACGUUUUCAACAGGGCGAAUUCAAAGAUUCGUGGCUAUUAGGAGAUUGUGGAUAUCCGUUAAAAACUUGGCUGAUGACGCCAGUGUGGCGGCCUAAGAAUGCAAAAGAAAAAAACUACAACCGAGUCCAUGCUACAACAAGAUGUAUAAUUGAAAGAGCAUUUGGAAUCUUAAAGAGCAAAUUCCGUUGUUUGGACAUCACUGGGGGGUCACUACUGUACUCGCCGGAAAAGGUGUGCUACAUUGUUGUAGCGUGUGUUGUUUUACAUAAUAUCAUUAUACAAAGGGUCCAAAAUGAUGUAUGUGAAAUCCAACCAGCAUGUGAAGAAAACACUGACCUUCAAAUGCAUGUUGACCAGAAUGAAGCAAUUAUCACAAGGAACGAUUUGAUUCAACGAUUUUUUUGAUUGAUUCACUUGACUUUGGGAGGUUACAUUUUUUUUUGUAAAACUUGUUUAUAUUCUUAUUGUUGAUAUCUUGUUAAAUGUAUUCAUAUGAAAAGCUUACAAAACAAUCUUAAAAGGGUGGUUCUCCUUUACAGUAAAUUUACUUAUGUUAUAGAAAGGCUAAUUGAAAGGAACUUUUCAAUUGUUUUUCAUUAUUUAAUUUAAUUUAGAGUUAUAUGUCAUUUAUAUGCCAUUUUCUUCUAACUCUUCUUUUGACAGCAUUCCAAUGGGCGUCACUGUCCCCCUUCUAAAAAACAAAUGCUCUGUAAAGCUACAAAUUUAUUGUUAAUGCUUCUUUGUUUUGUGAAUGUUGCUAUUCAGGCCUCUCCUGUUUAGAUUCCAGUUUCUUAUUCAAAUCAAUGCAUGAUUGCUAGACAAAUGUUGGCCCUAGUUUGCAGAUUGGUUCAGAUGCAAAUUGAAGAAGCGCUGAAUAGAACUGAAAUAGUUGAGCUCCUGUUUGAAAUGUAACAGCCUAUACACACCUCAUAUAGCCUGUAUGGCGGUAUUCUUUAUUCAUUUGUCCAUACAAAAUCUCUUCUGUUCAGUAAAAUUUUGUCGGCUGGCGAGCCGUGUACAGCCUCCUUCAAAUCAUUUCUAAGAUUUAUUACGAUAUUCAGGUGGGGUAGCGUGAUGGACAUUUGCAAAAAAUUUAAUUUUCCACCAAUGUUUGCACAACCAGAUUUACACAUUUGUUUUAAUUUCAUGCAACAGAAUAUUGUGUCACUAAAAUUCUUUGUUUAUAAAACAUCCCACUAUUCAGAUUUGUAUUGAAAUUAAAAGACAUACCACUGUUAUUUUUCACAUUGAAAUUGGAGUAAAUAGUAAUGCAGCCUAUGUACAUAUUAAAAUGAUAUUUAACUUAUUGAGCAUGGUGGUAUAUUUUUUA